CGUCAUUGAUGUUACCUUCAAUCCCUUCAAUGCGGUUGUUGUUGUGAAAAUUUAUUUAUGUGGAAAGUUAGUAUUUUUCACGAUUGUGGUCGUUAAAUGGCGAUGAAUAAGCCGUCAUUACUGGUGUUUUUGGCAAACAAUAUAAAAUUAUGUCGAGGCGUGAGAACGAAGCCCUCUGAAACCCACCGAACCGAACAGAAACCGAACCAGAAUGAAAAAGUUGUGAAAAUUGCCAUAAUUGGGACCCCUAAUGCAGGAAAAAGUACCUUUAUCAACAACUUGUUGAACCACAGAAUUUGUGCUGCAUCGACAAAAGUGCACACAACACGCACAUCUGCAAGGGCCAUAGGCGUUCGGAACAACUCUCAAGUCAUACUCUUCGAUACUCCCGGUCUAGUGACGGAACAGGAAAUGAAAAAGCAUAACUUAAGCAACGAAUUCUUAACCUCUUGCCGCCGUUCUAUCCAAAACUCGGAUUUAGUUGGAGUAAUUCAUGAUGUUUCGAAUUCGUGGACACGAAGUGAGCUCCAUUCGACCGUAUUGGAUACAUUGCAAACAUACGCUAAUGUUCCAAGUUUUCUGGUUUUGAACAAAAUCGAUUGUUUGAAAUCGAAACGUAUGAUGUUGGAUAUAACCAGAACGUUGACACAGAAUACACUACUUCCGAGAGGAAUAAAAAACCCAAAACUUUACAUGAGAGAGCAGAAGCUGAUCACCUAUGAGGAUAAAGAAAAAAAAAUUGGCUGGCCCGGCUUUUCCGACGUUUUCAUGGUAUCGUCGCUGACUGGUGAUGGGAUGGAUGAUGUAAUGAAAUUUUUACUUCGGCACACAAAGAACCGACAGUGGGAAUACGGUAGCGGAGAAUACACUGAUCAACCCCCUGAAACGUUGAUCGUUGAAGGUGUACGUGCUCGUUUAUUGAGCUUUCUGCCACAAGAGAUUCCCUAUUUGUUAAAAUGUGAAUUAGAAUUCUACAGCACCCACAAAGGACACAUAUUCACUUCGGUUGUAGUAACUUGUCCGACCGAACGAAUCGAACGACUGGUUUGCGGUAAAGAGAAUGGAAAGCUUAAACAAAUUACCGAAUUGGUGACAUCUGAUUUGGUGGAAACGUUUCAAAAACCCGUAUCGCUAACAAUAUCGAUGAGAUCGAAUAAGAAAUCCGAUUAAAUUUGUUAUCUUUGGCUGGUGUGACAAUUUAGAAAAUGCAUUGGUUAUUUAAUAUAAGGAAAUGAAAUGAA